AUGCCACAUUGGACUGCUCUAGUCGAAGAGAAGAGGCAGAGGCAGCUAAACUCCAUUCCGCAGGAGUGGCUUGUGACACCGCCUCCAGACUCUAUUCUGGAUGUGACUGAUUUUCCAGAGACGACUGGCCUUCUGAAUGCAGAGGAAAUUGAAAUCACCAACACUUCGGUGGAUGUUUUGUUGGAGAAACUCGCAUCUGCAGAAUGGACAGCUGUAGACGUGACCACCGCGUUCUCCAAGAGGGCCAUUGUUGCUCAUCAGCUUGUCAAUUGUUUGACGGAAAUUUUUGUUGAUAGUGCAUUGGCUCGAGCGGCUGAACUUGAUGAUCACUUGAAGAAGACAGGGAAAGUCGUCGGUCCCCUUCACGGGCUGCCAAUCUCUCUAAAGGACCAACUAUGUAUCAAGGGACUAGAGACCACUAUGGGUUAUGUCUCGUGGAUUGGGCAGUACGCAGAUAAAAACGCAGUGCUGGUCGACGUUCUGAUCGAGUGCGGUGCAGUGCCAUUCGUCCGCACUAAUAUUCCGCAGACGCUCAUGUUUCCAGAAACCUUCAAUAAUGUCUUCGGCCGGACGACCAACCCAUACAACCGCUCUCUGACCUCGGGUGGGUCGUCGGGGGGAGAGGGUGCAUUGGUUGCCCUCAGAGGAAGCCCGUUGGGAGUCGGUUCUGAUAUCGGAGGCUCUGUUCGUAUUCCCGCUGCGUUUUGCGGCUUAUACGGUCUGAGACCAUCAUACGGGCGUGUACCGUACUGUGGUGCUCGCAACUCCCUUGAAGGCCAAGACUCGGUCCUCUCUGUGUUCGGUCCCAUGACAAACAGCAUCAGCGGGGUCAAAAUCUUCAUGAAAGCGACCCUCUUGCAGUUCGGAAGAAGUGGGACGAAGACGAGUACAAUCUCGCUGGACCAUGGGUCUGGAAAGGAUUUGUGCUUUGCCAUCAUGUGGGACGAUGGCGUCGUUGUUCCCCACCCACCUAUCAGGAGGUCUCUGGAAAUCACCAAAGCGGCUCUCCAGAAGGCGGGCCACAAAGUUGUUGACUGGAAACCCAUCAAGCACAAAUUGCUUGGAGAUGCCACGCGGGACAUCUGGAAUGCAGGUUCUGCCGAGGAUUACAUGAUCACGACCUCUGUCACAGGGGAGCCAAUAAUUGCCACAAUGGAGCUGGAUGACGUGGAUCCCGCGGUAGCAUCCUUCCGUCCGCAGAAGGCCGGUAUCACCGCAUACCAGCUCUGGCAAGUGCAGAAACUGCGUCAAAAUGUCCGAAAAGAAUAUCUAGACCACUGGGAAGCAACUGCGUCAGAGACUGGGACAGGACGGCCUGUCGAUGCUAUCAUCUGUCCGGCCGCACCGUUUGCGGCGCCUCCUCACGGGAAGAACAGGUACGCCAAUUACACCACCGUUUGGAAUGCGCUCGACUAUCCCGCUGCAAUUUUCCCUGUGACGACUGUUGACUCAAUUCUCGAUGGGAAGGAGCCUCGUCGUGGUUUCUAUGACGACCUCGAUAAACACAUUCACGAAAUGUAUGACCCGGAGAAAUUCAAGAACGCUCCUGUUUGUUUGCAACUUGUUGGUCGGACUCUGGAGGAAGAGGCGGUCAUAAAAAUGACAGAAGUUGUUGAUGCGGCGCUGGCAGCCGCCAAAUAGGUUCAAGGCACACGUACCGAGACACGGAGCGGUUACGAACAACCACAGACUGGUCCAAUUCAUUCGACAAAGCUACACAUAACUUCGCUCCUAAAGUGGUUGUGCCUCUUUUCCGAAAACAUCUGCCACCGCAUCCAUACCACUUCGACGGCAUAUACUUGUACAGCUACAGCUCUGACUGCUGCU